AUGAAAAGUGAGGAAGAUCAAUCGCACGUGGAUUUGCGCAAUGGUAUCUUGUAUGGCACUUUAAAACAAAUUAGAAUAGGUGAUGAUACCGAUCCAGAAGUGCCCAAACUACUACCUGUGUGGGUUUGCAGUAUACGACCAAAAGAUUCAAAGUUACUAAUUUCACUCUUGAAACAAAACUGCGAAGAUGACGCCAGUAUCAAGCACUUGAAGAGGCUAACCAAAAUUGGCGAUUACAUUAAAGCUAUUAUCUGUCCAUUUGAGAGCGAACAUGAAAGAACCGAGAUUUCUAAUACACUUGGUAAUCUUCAAUACGAAAAUCUUGAGGUUAUCAAUGUACCUCGAAAUCAAGCAAACACAAAAGAAACAACUUUAAAGUGGUCUACGAUUUGGCCCCUAACGUGGAAGGGGAACCCCAACCAUCAAUUUUUGAAUUCAGUAAUUUUCGAUAUCGAACAAGAGAGACAAAUGGUGAAUGAGUUGUUGAAUCGUCUUGAAAAAGUAAACAAUCGACAAGCUCUGGUGACGAUGAUGGCGAAAGAAGUCAAUGGGACAAUAACGAUACAGUGUGUCGCCGUAAAUACAGGUGAAUGUUACCCCCUGAAUCACAGUGUAAUGCGAGCAAUUGACUCCAUAGCUCAAAGAGAGUCCAAACAAAGGAAACAAGGUAUAACUGAGAGAGGUUAUUUAUGCACCGAUAUGAUCGUGUAUACAACUCACGAACCUUGUGUUAUGUGUAGUAUGGCAUUGGUGCAUUCACGAAUAUUACGAUGCACGUAUCUCAAGCCUGUCUCACCAGGUGGUGGGAUGGAGUCGAGCUAUUUUCUUGGCGAUUUGGAUGGACUCAACUGGAAAUUUCAGAUUUGGAGGUGGCUUGGUGAAUCCGAGUUGUCAAAAUUAGAUAAUCUUAUAGAUAAUGCACGUGCAGAGUACUAG